UCAACAUUGUCUAUACAUUCUUUGCCAGCUUCUUGUCCUACCAACAUAUACUGCCCUCGUUUCACUUCACUACAUUCCUUUCCACCAACACAGUCCAGUUACAAUGCGUUUCGAUCCAUCCAUCCUCCUCCUUCCUUUCCUUCCCUCACUAGUCUCAGCCUGGCACCCUCCCACUCUCCAGGGUUACAACCUAGUCUGGUACGACGAAUUCGAAGGCAGUCCGCAAACCUUGCCCAGUGCGAGCCGAUGGAACAUCAUCAACGGCAAGCUCAACGUCAAUAACGAGCUCGAGACGUACACCUCCUCCACCAAGACCAUCCAUGUCAGUGGCGGCCACACCCUGCAGAUCAUCCCCUGGCGCCAACAGAACGGCAACGGCGACUGGAUCUCCGGCCGCAUCGAGUCCACUUAUACCUUCACACCCCCAGCCGGCAAAAAGACCGUCGCCCAGGCCGAAAUACGCUUCGGCAGCAACCCGACCAACACCAAGGCGGGAAUCUGGCCGGCCUUUUGGCUGCUGGGCCAAGAACUCCGCUCAGGCGGCAGCUGGCCCGCCUGUGGUGAGCUUGAUAUCCUGGAGACCGUCAACGGUGAUCUGAGAGGGUACGGAACCCUCCACUGCGGAACGUAUCCCGGCGGUCCAUGCAAUGAACCCAGCGGCAGGGGGGCCAGUACCGCCAUUCCGAACCAGGACUGGCAUACGUGGAAGAUUGAGUGGGAUCGCACGUCGGGAGACUGGUGGACGUCCAAAAUUACGUGGUACAUGGACGGGGUCAAGUUCCAUGAAGUGUCGGGACAAUCGCUGGGUGACUCGGCGAUAUUUGACAAGAUUAGCAACAAGCCGUUGUUCUUUAUCUUGAACGUGGCUGUUGGUGGGAAUUGGCCCGGUUAUCCGAACGCCAACACUCUGGAUGGGCCUGGGUCGAUGAUGGAGGUCGGUUAUGUCGCUCAUUAUGUCUCUAACUGAGUUGCAUUAGUGACGCGGUACGAAUGUGGAGGAUUCUUAUACUUCCUUUAUCAGUUCUUGUGGGCUGCUAACCAUAUUUGUUCUUUUUAUGCGAAUGUCUCUCUCUUUGGGCGAGCUCGCUUGUUGCGCUGCUCAGGAACCCGUCUACUCCUUCGGAUUCGGCACUACUUCUCAUUCGCUGAACAACAUCUUCAUUUUAUUCUCUUGGACAUAUUAUCAUUAUUCUUUUCAACAUUCAUGUACAUAAGCUACAUAUUUACUUUAGUAUCAUAUUUCUAAAGGUGAUGACCCCCUCACUUUCAUCACAUCAUUCAUUCAA